CUGGACGCAAUAGGUUGCUCUAAUUUAAUUUAAUUUCAGUUGCUCUGAAUUUGUAAGCAUGUCGGCAUUUGAGCUGAAAAAUUUGAAUGAAUGCUUGGAGAAGCAUUUGCCAGCUGAUGAACUAAAGGAGGUGAAGCGAAUUCUGUACGGCGUUGAAGAAGACCAAACGCUGAGUCUGCCCGAAAAUGCAACUGCGAUUGCGGAGCAAAAUGGAUUUGACAUCAAGGGCUAUCGUUUCACAGCGCGUCCCGAGCAAACCCGAAAACCCCGGAUCGUGCGGGUCGGUGCCAUCCAGAAUUCCAUAGUGCUACCCACAACGGCGCCCAUUGAAAAGCAAAGGGAGGCCAUUUGGAACAAGGUCAAGACGAUGAUCAAGGCAGCAGCGGCAGCCGGAUGCAAUAUUGUUGGUACACAGGAGGCUUGGACAAUGCCCUUUGCCUUUUGUACUCGAGAGAAGUUCCCGUGGUGUGAGUUCGCCGAGGAGGCUGAAAAUGGCCCAACCACCAAGAUGCUCUCUGAACUGGCCAAAGAGUACAACAUGGUUAUCAUCCACUCGAUCCUAGAGCGAGACAUCGAACACGGCGAGACAAUUUGGAAUACGGCGGUGGUCAUCUCGAACAGCGGUCGCUACUUGGGCAAACAUCGCAAGAACCACAUUCCCCGAGUGGGCGAUUUUAACGAAUCGACUUAUUACAUGGAGGGCAACACCUUGCAUCCGGUUUUUGAAACCGAGUUCGGUAAGUUGGCCAUUAAUAUCUGUUACGGCCGGCACCAUCCCCAGAACUGGAUGAUGUUCGGUUUGAAUGGAGCCGAGAUUGUCUUCAAUCCUUCGGCCACGAUUGGACGCCUCUCGGAGCCACUUUGGGGCAUUGAGGCAAGGAAUGCAGCUAUCGCGAAUAGUUAUUUUACGGUUCCCAUAAAUCGAGUUGGCACGGAGGAGUUCCCCAACGAAUAUACCUCCGGCGAUGGCAAAAAGGCCCACAAGGAGUUUGGACCUUUCUAUGGCUCUACUUAUGUGGCUGCUCCUGAUGGCUCAAGGACUCCAAGCUUGUCCCGGGACAAAGAUGGUCUGCUGGUAGUUGAGCUCGACUUAAACCUUUGCCGUCAGGUAAAGGACUUCUGGGGAUUCCGAAUGACACAGCGCUUGCCUCUGUAUGCCGAAUCCUUUCAAAAAGCUGCUCAACAUGACUUCAAGCCACAGAUCAUCAAGGAGACAUAAUUAACAGGCAGGGAAGCUUUAAAAAUAUCCCUGUAAAUGGACAGCUAAUGGAAUUGUAUGAAUGGGUUCUGUUCGAGCCUUAAAUCGAUGGCAUUUUCACAUUUUAUUUUGUUAUAUUUCAUAAAUAUGAGCAUUUUUUAAGGUUUUGUUAUUAAAAUUUAUAAUCUUUU